CAGUUCUGAAAGUGGAACAGAAAACAGAAGAAAAUAAAACAUUGUGCAUCUUCUUCUUCUUCUUCUUCUCUUUCUCUCUCUACCUUUGAGUUUCUUCCAUUUCAUCACUUCCAUGCUCGCCUAGGGUUUCUCGCUCUCUGUUCCUCAUCUGGAUUGCUUUUAUUUUUCCUGCCCUGUGGAUUCCGUUUGCUGAAGCACCGUUUGUUCAAUGCGCAUCGUUUCUUCGCCUUCGCUUGCUUGCAGGGAGAGCCGAAUUGUUAGAAUUUUGGAAAGGAAUAGAAAUUAGAUUUUUUUGGCAGUAUGUUGUGGUUCCAUCAUCCAUGUGCAAUUUGAUUUGUGUUCCUUGCAGUUGACACUUGUCCUACAAGUUUCAAUGUCACGUAGCUGGUAAAGAGGUGGAAAUACCAUUCGGACUUAAAAUUUGAUUUGAUCGAAAUGAUGGUUUCGAUUCUGAACGUUGGAUUGCACAGGUUCACUCUCCUUGAGUUGUGAGUUUAUGGUGUUUGAUACACUGCAUGAGAAAUAAAGUAGAAUAGACUUUUGCAUUGAGAAUCAAACUUUUUCUGUUACUUCUACCACACCAAAGUGAGUUUAGUGUUACAAUUUAUCUCUAAUGGGUUCAUUCUCUGGCACUUGUGAAAUUGUCGAAGCAAGGGAAGACCUAAAUACAGAGAAAGAUACGGGGAUAUAUCAGUCCAAUUCUGGAUAUAGCCUGGAUGAGAAAUUUCAGAAGCAUCCUGUGCAGAAACUGGGAUAUAAGGGUAAUCUAGAUGAUGAUAUUAAUAAGCUGUUUGAGUCAAUUACUCUUAAAUCUUCCUCAAGGGAUUUGGGCUUUAUACAUGGUACAAGCCCUAAGAUGAAAAGUGCAUUGAAAAAACCAAUUGCAGUGGGUGCUUCUCGGUCCCCACGAGUUGGACCUUCUGAGCCUGUGACUUUGAAGCAGGCACUAAGAGACCUAUGUAUAUCUAAGGCAUCAGAAAUGGCUUCCAUGAAAAGAUUAUCAAAGUCAACUGCUUCUCCACGAAUAUCUGAGGUUGGGAAGAUACAUACAUUGUACAAUUCAGUUGUAGUUGAAGGUAGACGAUCUGAGCCUUCUAAUGUUGAGAGUAAAGGUAGUACAAGUGAAAUAUCUCUAGUGCCAGAAGAGAGCAACUCACUUUCUUUGGAUAAUGCUUACCAGUCUCGUUCAACUGUUAAAAGCACUUCGCUGAGCCCAAAUGUUCAAUCUUCCAAAAUUGCUGUUGCAAUUGCAAUUACACAAAAUGAUACUGGGGCUUCAUUGAUGCCAAGUGACCUGGCUAGUUCAUCAAGUAAAGUUGGGGUUCUAUCACCGUCAUCAGAGCCUGCUCAAAUAGAGAAACAAACAUCUGAAUCUUCUUCAUCUAGUUGUAACACCAAUGGAAGUAAAUUAGAGUUGCCCGAAAAUGCUUCUUCCCCUAAAAAGAUAGGAAAUAAAGCCUCUGCAUCAAAGAAUGGGCGGAAAGGUAGGUUACAAACAGUCUCUUCCUCAUCUACUUCGGUAAAUGGCAAUAGAGUGUGCAAACUGUCACGCAAUGCCCCUCGUACAGUCAAAUCAAUUAUCAAGAACAAAAAUUUUGGAAAGAAAAAAGUAAAGCAGGAUUCAGUUUCUGCUUUAUUUGAUCCUACAUGCAGUGAAGUAAAUGACAAGUCAGUUUCUGGUACAACUCAACUUGUUUGUGAGAGAUGUUGGUGUGCUAUUGAAAAUAACAAAGGUAUUACAUCAUUGGACUCUAUCAGUCCUGGAGAGGGAAUAAACUCUGUUAAUAACUCUGGCGCUGCAUCAGCUGGCUGUAAUAGCAGCAGAGAAGUUACAAAAGUGAAAAAGAACACCGUAUUGAAAGAGCAACUUGAAUUUUCUCAAAGUUCAAAGAGUAGCCAAGGUGACUACAGUAGUAGUACAAGUACCAGUGAUGAGAGUAAUCUCAGUGGGUCUAGUUGUGGCAAUAGGCCUCACAUGUCAAAGGAUGUUAGAUGGAAAGCCAUACGCCAUGCUCAAAUUCAGAAUGGAGUCUUGGGCUUGAGACACUUCAAUCUUUUGAAGAAGCUAGGUUGUGGAGACAUUGGGACUGUAUAUCUUGCUGAACUAAUUGGCAAAAGUUGUUUGUUUGCUAUUAAGGUGAUGGACAAUGAGUUUUUGGCAAGAAGGAAGAAGAUGCCUAGGGCUCAAACUGAACGAGAAAUAUUGAGGAUGCUGGAUCAUCCUUUUCUUCCAACACUGUAUGCUCAGUUUACAUCAGAUAAUUUGUCAUGUCUGGUCAUGGAGUAUUGUCCAGGUGGUGAUCUUCAUGUUCUACGGCAGAAGCAGCUUGGCAGAAGUUUUUCAGAGCCAGCAGCAAGGUUUUAUGUUGCCGAAGUCCUUCUUGCUUUGGAGUACUUGCACAUGCUUGGAGUGGUUUACCGUGAUUUGAAACCUGAAAACAUUCUUGUUCGAGAAGACGGCCACAUUAUGCUCACAGAUUUUGAUCUGUCGCUAAGGUGUGAUGUUAGCCCAACACUUCUGAAGUCAUCUUAUGUGGAUCCUGCUAAGAUUUCUGGUCCUUGUGCACAAUCGAGUUGCAUUGAGCCAUUCUGUAUUGAACCAGCCUGUCAAGUUCCGUGCUUCAGCCCAAGACUCCUACCUCCUGCCGCAAAAGCAAGGAAAUUAAAAAAUGACCUUGGUGCUCAGCUCAGAUCAUUGCCACAGCUCGUGGCUGAGCCCACAGAUGCAAGAUCAAAUUCAUUUGUCGGUACUCAUGAAUACUUGGCGCCUGAGAUCAUCAAAGGAGAAGGACAUGGAGCUGCAGUUGACUGGUGGACAUUUGGUGUUUUUCUAUAUGAGCUUUUAUAUGGUAGAACACCCUUUAAAGGUUCUAAUAAUGAAGAAACAUUAGCCAACGUGGUGUUGCAAGGUCUCAGAUUCCCUGACACCCCAUUUGUUAGUAUCCAAGCGAGGGAUCUCAUUAGAGGGUUGUUGGUUAAAGAGCCUGAAAACCGUUUGGGUUCAGAGAAAGGGGCUGCUGAGAUAAAACAGCACCCCUUCUUCGAAGGCCUUAAUUGGGCGUUAAUACGUUGCGCUAUCCCACCAGAACUGCCAGACUUGUGUGAAUUUGGAGUUUCAGAGAUGACCCCACAGUCCCAGGGAAAGGGUGUUAAGUAUGUAGAGUGCAAUGCAGCAGGAGAGCUAGUUGAAUUUGAGUUGUUUUGAAGAGACUGCUCUUUGGCAAGAGUAGCAUUCUUGUUAUGGAUUCCCUUGUUUUUGGCUCUAUGCUUCACGUGUCGAGCUGCAACAGUUAUGUAAGGCUAUGUUGUAUAUUAGUUUUGAUUAUAACAGGGUAACAUGUGCCUUUUGAGGUAUAGGAAUUUCAGGUUAUACAGCAACUUGAUAAUCACAAUCUGAGAGAACAUAAAUUCCUUAGAACAAAAAAUGCCAUACUCAUCCAGUUUCUCCCAUGCUGGAGUAUAUUAAAGAAUUUUGUUACCAGUUAGCGCAUGUCUAAAGCAAGAUCCUUCUACAUCAAGUAAGAAUAGUCCUAGAAGUAAUUCAAGUAGGCUUUUAAAAAGAUUUUGUGGAUUCUAAAAUGGCAAGUUCAGAAUGUGAUAGUUGAUUACUUGAUUUGUAAUAUGAUUACUAUUAUGUUCUUUUGCCCUAUGACCCACCCCAUGAGCUUGAAGGAGGGUUUACCAAUA